CGUUGAGCUACUCCAGGGGUCGGCAACCCAAAAUGUUGAAAGAGCCAUAUUGGACCAAAAAUACAAAAACAAAUCUGUCUGGAGCCGCAAGAAAUUAAAAGCCAUAUUACAUGUGUCAUGAGAUAUAAAUUGAAUUAAGAGGACUUAAAGGAAACUAAAUGAGCUCAAAUAUAGCUACAAAUGAGGCAUAAUGAUGUUUGAGUCACACAUUAAGAGUGUUACUAAAACGGCCUUCUUUCAUCUCCGUAAUAUCGCUAAAAUUCGUUCCAUCUUGUCCACUAGCGACGCUGAGAUCAUUAUUCAUGCGUUCGUUACGUCUCGUCUCGAUUACUGUAACGUAUUAUUUUCGGGCCUCCCUAUGUCUAGCAUUAAAAGAUUACAGUUGGUACAAAAUGCGGCUGCAAGGCUUUUGACAAAAACAAGAAAGUUUGAUCAUAUUACGCCUAUACUGGCUCACUUGCACUGGCUUCCUGUGCACUUAAGAUGCGACUUUAAGGUUUUACUACUUACGUAUAAAAUAUUACACGGUUUAGCUCCAGCCUAUCUCGCCGAUUGUAUUGUACCAUAUGUCCCGACAAGAAAUCUGCGUUCAAAGAACUCCGGCUUAUUAGUGAUUCCCAGAGCCAAAAAAAAGUCUGCGGGCUAUAGAGCGUUUUCUAUUCGGGCUCCAGUACUCUGGAAUGCCCUCCCGGUAACAGUUAGAGAUGCUACCUCAGUAGAAGCAUUUAAGUCCCAUCUUAAAACUCAUUUGUAUAAUCUAGCCUUUAAAUAGACCCCCCCUUUUUUAGACCAGUUGAUCUGCCGUUUCUUUUCUUCUCUCCUCUUCUCCCCUGUCCCUUGCGAGGGGGAGUUGCAUAGGUCCGGUGGCCAUGGAUGAAGUGCUGGCUGUCCAGAGCCGGGACCCCGGGUGGACCACUAGCCUGUGCAUCGGUUGGGGACAUCUCUGCGCUGCUGACCCGUCUCCGCUCGGGAUGGUUUCCUGUUGGCCCCGCUGUGGACUGGACUCCCGCUGAUGUGUUGGAUCCACUGUGGACUGGACUUUCACAAUGUUAUGUCAGACCCACUCGACAUCCGUUGCUUUCGGUCUCCCCUAGAGGGGGGGGGUUACCCACAUAUGCGGUCCUCUCCAAGGUUUCUCAUAGUCAUUCACCGACGUCCCACUGGGAUGUCCAUCAGCUGAUUGGUCAUCCACAGCCACCCCACAUUAAAAAGGAAGAGGAGGAACUCUGGAUCACUCAGGAGGGAGAGUGUCUUCUAGGACCGCAGGAGGCUGAUCUCACCAAGUUGCCACUGACUGUUGUCUCUGUGAAGACUGAAGAUGAUGAAGAGAAACCACAAGUAGACAACCUCUUAGCUCCACUAUCAGAUAGUGAGGCUGAAGACGAGGUUGAAGAACAUCUGAGCAGCGAUGAAGGUGAUACGAGGACUCACACUGAUAAACACUCUGCAUGCUCCAAAAUGAAGAGUGAUAAAAAAUGUCUGAGCUGCUCGGUUUGUGCUAAAAGCUUUAAUAGAAAAAGCAAUUUGACUCAACACAUGGUAACACACAGAGGAGAAAAAACAUACAAUUGUUCUGUUUGUAGUAAAAGUUUUUCUCGAAAGGGCAAUUUGACUCAACACAUGAAAACGCACGCGGAAAAACAUUUUUGUUGCUCUGUUUGUGAUAAAAGGUUUUUCUUCAGACAAAAUUUGACUCGACACAUAAUGAGACACAAAGUAGGAAAACCAUUUAAAUGUUCAGUAGGUGGUAAAAACUUUCCUAAAAAGUGUGAUUCCACUCAACACACGAGCACCGACACAAGAGAAAAAACAUUUAAUUGCUCCGAUUGUGGUAAAAUCUUUCCCCAAAAAAGCAAUUUGACCGAUCACAUGAGAACACACACAGGAGAAAAACCCUUUAGUUGUCCGGUUUGCGGUAACAGCUUUUCUCAAAAGAGCCAUUUGACUCAACACAUAAGAACGCACACAGGAGAAAAACCAUUUAAUUGUUCAGUUUGUCAUGAAAGCUUUUCUCAAAAGAGCAGCUUGGAUGAUCACAUGAGAACACACUCAGGUGAAAAACCAUUCAUUUGUUCAUUUUGUAGUAAAGGAUUUUUUUCCAGACAAGGUUUGACCCAACACAUAAUGAAGCACACAGGAGAAGAACCAUUGAACUGUUCAGUAUGUGGUAAAAGCUUUCCUAAAGAGAGCAGUAUGGCUGAACACAUGAGAACGCACACAGGAGAAAGACCAUUUAAUUGUUCAGUUUGUGCUAAAAACUUUUCUCACAAGAGCAGUUUGAGUCAACACAUGAGAACACACACAGAAGAAAAACUUUUUAAUUGUUCCGUCUGUGGUAAAAACUUUUCUUUUAAGAGCAAUUUGAUUCAACACAUGAGAACACACACGGGCGAAAAACCAUUUAAUUGUUCGGUCUGUAGUAAAAUAUUUUCUCAAAAGAGCUGUUUGACUGAACACAUGAGAACACACACUGGAGAAAAAACAUUUAAAUGCUCCGUUUGUGGUAAAAGCUUUCCCCACAAAACCAAUCUGAUUCAACACACGAGAACACACACAGGAGAAAAACCAUUUAUUUGUUCAGUUUGCGGUAAAAGCUUUUCUCAAAAGAACAAUAUGGUUCAACACAUGAGAUCACACACAGGAUAAGAAAACAUUUAAUUGUUCAGUCCAUCAAUAUUCGUUGAUUAUAAAUCUUGUAUUAUUUUUAUUGUAAUAGUAUAUUUAAAAUGUUAAAAAAUUACUUGCGGGCCGCACUUUGGACACCACUACUCUCAAGCAAUAAGUACAGGGACUCUGACAAACCCUGGUUUAACGACAAGUGCAAUAAUGUCAGAUCACAGGAAGCCAAGAGCAUUUAUGGGGGCAGAAGGAUCACUUAAAGGCCUACUGAAAUGAAAUGUUUUUAUUUAAACGGGGAUAGCAGAUCCAUUCUAUGUGUCAUACUUGAUCAUUUUGCGAUAUUGCCAUAUUUUUGCUGAAAGGAUUUAGUAGAGAACAACGACGAUAAAGAUCGCAACUUUUGGUAUCUGAUUAAAAAAAAGCCUUUCCCCUACCGGAAGUAGCGUGACGUAGUCAAUUGAAAGGCUCCUCACAUUUUCCUAUUGUUUUCAACGCAGCUAGAGCGAUUCGGACCGAGAAAGCGACGAUUACCCCAUUAAUUUGAGCGAGGGUGAAAGAUUCGUGGAUGAGGAACGUUCGAGUGAAGUACUAGAAUGCAGUGCAAGACAUAUCUUUUUCGCUCUGACCGUAACUUAGGUACAAGCUGGCUCAUUGGAUUCCACACUCUCUCAUUUUUCUAUUGUGGAUCACGGAUUUGUACUUCAAACCACCUCGGAUACUAUAUCCUCUUGAAAAUGAGAGUCGAGAACGCGAAAUGGACAUUCACAGUGACUUUUAUCUCCGCGACAAUACAUCGACGAAAAACUUUAGCUACGGAGCUAACGGGAUAGCAUCGUGCUUAACUGCAUAUAGAAACAAAAUAAAUAAAUCCCUGACUGGAAGGAUAGACAGAAGAUCAACAAUACUAUCAAACCAUGGACAUGUAAAUACACGGUUAAUGCUUUCCAGCCUGGCGAAGCUUAACAAUGCUGUUGCUAACGACGCCAUUGAAGCUAACUUAGCAACCGGACAUCACAGAGCUAUGCUAAAAACAUUAGCUAUCCACCUACGGCAGCCAGCCCUCAUGUGCUCAUCAACACCCGUGCUCACCUGCGUUCCAGCGAUCGACGGUGCGACGAAGGACUUCACCCUAUCAUCGAUGCGGUCGGCGCGACGGAGGAAGUUAAGGUGAGGUCGGCGGCUAGCGCGUCUGCUAUCCAUCUCUGUCCUCCUGGUUGUGUUGCUGUAGUCCGCCGCUAAUACACCGAUCCCACCUACAACUUUCUUCUUUAGAGUCUCCAUUUUUCAUUAAACAAAUUGCAAAAGAUUCACCAACACAGAUGUCCAGAAUACUGUGGAAUUUUGAAACGAAAACAGAGCUUUUUGUAUUGUAUUCAAUGGGGUACCAAUACUUCCGCAUCAACUGAUUCCGUCACACGCAUACGUCAUCAUAUCUAGACGUUUUCAACCGGAAGUUUCGCGGGAAAUUUAAAAUCGCACUUUAUAAGUUAACCCGGCCGUAUUGGCAUGUGUUGCAAUGUUAAGAUUUCAUCAUUGAUAUAUUAACUAUCAGACUGCGUGGUCGGUAGUAGUGGCUUUCAGUAGGCCUUUAAAGGAUGUGUCCCCUCCCCAAGAGUCAAAUUGAAUCGUGGGUUUUUUACAUUUUCGUUUGUUUGAACAGUGGUUUCCAUUUGCGAUAGACUUUCUUAGGAACUCUGAAACUGUUACCGAAAUCCCUUUUCAAACUUUUUCCACAGGCGAGAACAGCACUUGUGACAUUUUCAGUCUGCUUUAAUUGGAAUCCUUGCUAAAAAAAAAAGAAAAAGAAAGAAACUACUCCUGUUUGCACACAAUAUGCUGGCCUACACUAAAUAUUUACUUUUGAUUUUCCUUAAAAACAGAUGUAAAAUUAACAAAAAGAGGGGCCAUAUUUGUAUUAUUUUAGUGUUUAAAUAUAUUUAUUUUCUUCCAUUUCAUGGGAAAUUUAUAGAAGGUUAUUUUAAUUUUUAUGAACGCAUUGUUACUUUUUUAAGAGACGGUGUUGUUUGUUUUGUGUUUGAUGUUUUGUAUCAAUUUGUUA